AUGACUAUUGCUGCAUAUGCGUAUGAAACAAAUGAAGCAAGAAGAGCACACGAAUUAGUAAAUGAAAACUCAACAUUAACCAUUGAAGGCAAUGAUUUAGUCAUUGACGAUGGAAAAACUAAAAAAGUCAUUGAUUUCGAUACUUUUAACACUUAUGACCCAUUCAUUACAACAAGCAAGGUUCCCAUCAUAAAUGAUGUAACGGUGCAAUAUAUAAAUUCAACAGUAGCUGCCUCAUUAGUGAAAGUACUGAAUGUUCUCAUUGAAUUACUAAAGAGCUUCCGAUUUGACGACAACAUUAAAUGCUUAAAGAAUUUAGUCAUGAAUGAGAAACAAAUUCUCGGCGUUGCUGGUAGCAGUAAUGAUGUACACCUUAUGACAUUAGAAUAUUAUAACGAACAUAAAGAUGAACUGAAAGGAGAGAAGGGUGACACUGGACCUCAAGGACCACAAGGAAUACAAGGACCUCAAGGCGAAAACGGUUUGGAUGGUGAAGAUGGAAGGGAUGGAAAAACUGCUAAAUCAUGGAUAUGGGACCUUAUAAAU